ACUCUAAUAAUGACAUUAAAGAAAUGAGCCGAAGUUACAUAUGUAUCCGAAGUGUAAAACGAGAGUCCUUGUUACUGUGUUAGAAAAAAUGCAUUUCGGUAUUUCUAAGUACCGGUGUUUUUAAGAUACAAUAAGCAAAAUUUAAGUUUAAUUUAUUUGCGAUAUGGCAUCCAAUCAAAGAUUUAAUGUAUACGUGACGUUUGUCGAAAAAGAAGGCCCCUUUUUAAAAUUCUGGGGACAAACUGAUAAAAGUAAAGCGAUAUUUGUUGAACAAUUUCUUUCUGGAGUUACUCCACAAUUCGAUGCUGGCGUGGGAAAAAUAUCAACAGAGCAUUUAGUUCCCGGUUUAACAGUUUGUGUAAAAUAUCACGAUAAUAAAUAUUAUAGGGCAAAAGUUUUAAACGCAUUUGUCCAAGAAGGGUUUUUAGAGGUUAACUUUAUUGACUUCGGUAAUAAGGAAACAAUAGCGUGCGAAGAAGUAAGAUCAUUUCAAUCUUUUUUAAGUUCAGUAUCUACUAUUCCACCUCUAGCAGUAAGUUUCAUAAUUGCAGAAGCUCACUGUGUAGGUGGUGGAAAAUGGAAUGAUGCGACUUUUGAUAGAAUAGCUAAAGAAAUCAAAUACAGAGAUGUCCAGUGCACUCUACUAGCACAAGCCACUCAUCAUUACCUCGUGAGGAUAUCGGUUGAAGGUAUUGACAUAUGUCAUCAUUUUAUACAAAAGAGUUUGAUGCAACCAAUUCCUCUACAAGCUCAACAAGCAGUCUUAUUAAGUAUGAGCAUGCAAAAACAAUCUUCACCUCAACCUCAAGAAUCGAACAUGUCAUCUUCAACAAUUAAUACUUACAAAGCUUGUACUCUAAAACCAGGUCUUCAAUAUCCAGUUUAUGUGUCUUAUGUUAACGACGGACCAUGCCGCUUCUCAGUACAGCUCAAAAAUACCGAAGAUGUUUUGGUUAAGCUUAUGAAUGAAAUAAAUUCUAUCGAAUUAAGGGCUUUAGAGGAGACACCUUUACCUGGUACUAUAUGUUUAGCUAGGUGUCAAGAAGAUAAUAAUAUUUGUAGAGCUGUAGUUACCACAGAAGUUGAUACUCAAUUCAGGGUGUUCUUUGUCGACUUUGGAAAUUAUGAAGUAUUACCAGCAGAUUCGUUAUUUCAAAUACCUUUCAAAUACGUUCUCCCGAAAGUAAUGGCUAUUCGUUUUUGUUUGGCCGGUGUAGAAAAACCCACUGUUACAAUAGAUAUGCAGAUAGCUUUUAAAAAGUUUGUGGACAAUAGAUUGCUGCACAUGAAAGUUUUACCGUCACCUACCAAAACAGCUUUACCGAAAUGCGAACUAAGAGAUCCAAAUACGAACACUAGUGCACUUGAAGUUGUAAUGAAUGCAGCCAAACACUCUUAUCCCGAUCCUUUAACAUUGACCAGAGGAUUCAGCCAACCAGUUAAAGUCACCUUUGUAUACAGCUGUAACAGAUUUUAUGUUCAGUUAGCAAAUAAAGAAAAUGAACUCAGAUCUCUGAUGGACAAUCUACAAGAACUAUGUCAAGAUGACACAUUUAUGGAUUCUUCUUCGAUUAAACCAGAUGUACCAUGUUGUGCACUAUUCGUAAAUGAUGGUUUAUGGUACAGAUCUCAAGUAGUUGAUGUCAAAGAAAACAAUGUAAAAGUAAGAUACAUUGAUUAUGGAAACGAAGAACUGAUACCAAUAUCUCAGUUAAAAGAUAUUGAUAGUGAAGUUAUGACAGUACUUAGACCGCAAGCCAUAGAAUGUUGUCUUAACGGUUAUCAAAAUAUGGAACCAGAUGAAAUUAGAGAUGGACUAUUGGAAGAAUUGAUAUUGGAACAAGUUUUUACUAUGAAAGUUGUUGAAAUGUGUGACCAGAAGGCUUUGGUUGACUUAUUUGACGAAUCUAAUUACAAUGUGGCUUCCUUAUUGCUCGAUAAAUUAGCCGCAGCAAAUUCUCAGAUGAGUCCUGUAUUAGUUGUACAAGCUGGUCAUAAACUUGAACAUAGAAAAUCCUAUUCGAAACAGAGGGAAGUGGAUGUCAAAGAUAAACCCGGACGGGACAAACCUAAUGAAAGAACCGAUGCAUCUUGGCGACAAGAUAACAGGGACAAUCGAAACUUCGACAGAAAUACGAACGAAAAUAACGAAACCAACUCCUGGCGACAGAAUAACAAAGGAUUCAGUCCUAAUAGUCGAUUAGAAAAAUACAAAAAUCAAAAUAAUUGGAACAACAACGAAAAUAAAUCCAAUAGCAGCUCCAAUUGGAAUUCUUCGACACCAAUAGCUGGAGAAAGCGGUUGGAGUACGAACACUCAAGCAUAUAGUGAUUGGGGUGAUAGUAAUGAUGAUAAUAAAAAUAGAAGAAAUAACGAUUACAAAAGUAAUCGAGGAGGAUUUAAUAAUAGGGGAGGUCGAGGAGGAUAUACCAAUAAUAGAGACAGAGGCGAUAGGGGAGGAUCCGAUAGUGAAAGAGGUAGAUAUAGAGGAGAAAAGGGCGGAUUCAGGAACGACAAAGGCGGCAGAGGGGGCGAGAAAUUUGGCGGAAAGUCUAGAGGCAGUGGAUAUAAACAGAGAGAUUUUAAAAAAGAUGGUUCCGAUGCGAGUUCGACUAGUUCAGGUAAAAGUUUCCAUAGAGCUCCUAAAACGAGCUCCCGUUCCGAUCAAAGCGGAUGGGAUGGAAGAAAUAACGACAAACCGAAGAACUCGUUUAAGGAUCAUUCUGGAGGAGGAGACAGUUGGGAACCGGUCAUAUCGUCGGAAAAUUCCUGGAAUGUUAGUACAUUCGCUUCGAGUAUAGAUGCAGCACCUGUUGCGGCAACUUUUGUGAAUUAUGAUGUUGUCGGUAUUGAAUCGAAAGUUGUUAUUAGUUGGUUCCAUAAUCCGGGAUUAUUUUAUUGUCAAGUACUAGACGAUCAGGAACAAUUCAAAUCUAUGAUGCAAGACAUCCACGAUUUCUACAAAGAUAGAAAACCCGAAAGAGUUGUGCAAGGUUCUCCGGUUAUAGGUCUUUUCCCCGAAGAUAACGUUUUAUAUAGAGCCAAAGUUUUAGACGUAAUCGACAAUCAAUAUAAAGUACAAUACGUUGAUUAUGGAAAUGUAUCUACAAUCUCCAAAGUCUGGCCAAUCGACAAGAAAUUUAUGAACCUCCCUGCCCAAGCAGUAACUUGUUGUUUAAAUAAUAUAGCACCUGUCGGAGACCAAUGGGACGAUCCAGAUUGUUACUGCAGUUAUUUUGAUAAGGAAAAUUUCACGUGCAAAUUCGUUAAUAAGGACGAAGAAAAAACAUUUGUAAAUUUAACACACAACUCUGAAGAUGUUGCUCAGUUAUUGGUGAAAGAUGGAUUAGCAAUUUCGACGGCUUUGGCAGUACCCGAAAUUGAAAUACCAUUACUACUCGGACAACAAUUUAGAGCUAUAGUUAAGAGUGUGAACAAUUUGAGCGACAUCAUUUUGGCUUUAGAAUGUGGCUUAGCCGUAAACUGUACCAUGCAUAAUUUGGAAACGGCAACUGAAACUUUCGAAGAGACUCUCAAGGGUCUUUUGGAACAAACUGUGAUUAUUUAUGUGGAUAAUGUUUUACAGGAUUAUAGAUUAGAAAUUACGCUUUAUGAUACACAAGGCAACAAACAUAUUAUACUUAACCCCGAUGAAGGUUCUUACGAUACUGUCGACAUUCCUUGUCCCCUAUUAGUUUUAUGUUCCACCAUAAGCGGGAAUGUAACUUACGCGAACGAAAAUUCAAUUUUCAUUCAACCUGUAGAAGUAGCCGAACAAGUAGCGAUACUAUUAGAUCAAUUAUUCGCUGUGUAUGAUGGAAAACCCCAUGAAAGUACCAUAAUACCCGAGGAAGGAAUGGUUUACGCGGUACAUAGCGAAGAUGGUAAUUGGUAUAGAGGAAAAGUGACUAGUUUUGAUGAUGAAAAAGCUACUGUUUAUUAUAUCGACUAUGGAAACUAUGAAAGUGUCAAUUUUUCGGAAUUGAGGGAAUUGGAAGUCCAAUUUUUAGAUAUUUCAAUUUUGAGUUUACAGGUUAAGGUUCUCUCUGAUGCCAAAACGUUCAUAGACAAAGAUGUAACCGCAUCUAUAUAUUAUGGUGAAACAGGUUGGGAAGGCACAGUACAAAUUAUAAAUUCCAUAAAUUCACAGAUAUUGACAACUGAUAGUACUGAUAACGGCUUUGCUACAAGUAGCACUGAAAAACCAGAUGAAAUUGUUAAUGAAAAUUUAGAAAUUGAAACCUCCGAUGAAAUUGAAAAAGUCGAAGUUGCCGAUGGAGGUGAAGUUGAAGAUGAAGAGACCGUUGAAAGUGAGAUUCCAAAAACAGAAGAAAUAGAAAAAAUUGGAACAUCGGUUGUUGUAAGUCAUAUAGACUCUCCUUGCGACUUCUACCUUCAAUAUUCUGAAAACUUGGAAGAUUUAGAUAACCUUCAAACCGAAUUACAAGAAACAUUGCAAGAUAUGGAAGUUUUAGUUAACCCAACACCUGGAGUUCUAUGUGCUGCUCCUUAUACUUUGGACCAAAUGUGGUACCGAGCUGAAGUAUUAGAUGCCGAUGAAGAUAUAACAACUGUACGAUUCGUAGAUUUUGGUAAUACAGAUGUAAUCGAUAAUAAAACAACACAAAUCAAAACUUUACCUCCAAAGCUGUUGUCACUAGCGAUAUAUGCUACUAGAUGUUCCUUGAAAAUUGAGCCUGUAGAAGAAGAUUGGAACCCGGUCGCUCUUGGCGUUUUCGAAACGUUAACUGAAGGAGCUCUAACGGCCGAAUUUUGUAAUCAAGACGAGAAAUGUACUUUUGUCGAAUUGUAUAGUGAUGGAAUAAAUAUUAAGGACGCUUUGGUUUCGGAAAAUCUGGCUAAAUUCGUUACUUCACCCGUCGAAACAAAACAGACUGGUUUCGUUAGCCAUUUGAAUUCUCCCUCCGAAUUUUGGAUACAACUCGAGAGUUGUAUAGAUGAAUUAGAAUGGAUCGCCGAACGAUUGAGUACAGCUGAAAAUUUCCCCGAACUAACCGACUUGACUCCCGGUACUUUGUGCGCGGCUCUAUUCCCAGAAGAUCAAAUGUGGUACAGAGCCAGAAUUUUAUCUAAUACCAUUGCAGGAGUAGAAUCGCUAUUUAUAGAUUAUGGCAACUCAUGUACCAGCACGGAUCUAAAACAACUUCCAGAAGAUUUAAUUAUGACGGCACCGCUUGCCAUAAAAUGUAGUUUACAAAAAAAUGAAGGCAUUCCAACGUGGACACCGGAAGCUGCAGCUAAAUUUGCCGAAAUAUCCGCCGAGGGACAAACUAUUUUUACCGUUAAAAAAAUAUCCUCGGGAGAAACGUCCGUAGUACAACUUUAUUUGGACGAUAAAGAUGUUACUACAAUGUUAUUACCGAACACUGAAGAUGGUUAUAUUACAAAAAUCGAAACUUUGAAAAAUAUGAGUUUAGAAAAAGAAAACGGAGAAACGAUCGAUGAUGUCGCUUUGGAACCUAUGGAAGGACAAAAAUUAGACGAAACGGCUAAAGAAAAAUUGGAGGAAUUGAACGAGCAAGGUUCCACCCUGUUCCAAAUCGAAUUCGUUAAUGAAAAGACCAUUAGAUUGUAUCUUCAAGGAAGAGAUAUCCGUCCGUUACUAGGAGGCUUCAUAAAUCCUGCUUUUAAUCCUCUACUCAAUGAAGAACUAACAAAUGUAAUUAACAAAAAUGAAAAUAUUGAAGACGCCCAAAAAGACAUUCAUAUUUGUGAUACAAAAAUUAAUAUUUCGAAUCUGGUACCAGUAGAAGAAGCAGAUCAGAAAAUUCAAGACCACCAAAAUAUCAAUUCUGAAGAAGAAUUGAGUUUUGUUACAAAAUCUAGUGAAUACGAAGAUCUUGAAUAUAUACCAGAAAAAGCAAUGGGUGUUGAAGAACAAUCAAACCAGUAUCAAACCAAAAACCAUAUAUUUGAACCAGGAAUUAAUACUAUAGAAAUUGAAUGGAAAGAUACUGAACAAAUUACUUGUGAAGAAACAGUUUCAUUUGAAGAAUUAGAUAAUGUCCAAGAAAGUGGAACAGAAGAAACUUGUACAGAUAUUGACGACAUAGAAGUAAAUGAAGAAAAAACCAAUAAUAUCAAAAGACAAAUGAUUUGUUUUGAUGAUUUGAACGUCAAUUCAGAAGAAGCAAAAAAAAAUGAAGAAAUAUUUGUGAUAGAAGAUGAAGAACAUUCAACAGAACAGUUCUUAAAAGAAUAUGAUCACGAAGAACCAAAUUCUGAAGAGUUCUCAAUAAAACAAUUUGAAUCAGAAACCGAAGAAAUUAUUGAAAUCGAAUCUAAUAACGAAGAAAACAUGAAAAUUAUAGAAGAUAGUGGAGAACAUGUAUCUAUAAUAAAUGAAGAUCAAGCUAAAUUAAUGCCGUUGGAAGUUGAAGAAAUUGAUAUUUCUACCAAAGAAUUAUAUAAAACCGAAUAUAAGUCCAAUUCUACGCAAAUUGAAACUACUGUCAUUGAAAAAAGAUCAGAAAAUGAUACAAGUUUAAAAGAACAUAGUGCUAAAUCUGAUGUAACUGGUAAAACCAGUAAACAUUCAAAGACUGAAAUUAAAACAACUUCAUCAAGUAGAAAUAUAAAAGUCGCUAGCACAAAAAGCACUCCUAAUAAAACCAGUACCAAGACAUCACCUACAAUUCAAUCAAAAUUAAAAGUAGAUAAAACAUCACCUACGAACCAAUCAAAAGUAAAAACUGACAAUAAAAUGCCGGUGAAGUCUACUCUGCAGAGAACGAAUUUACUAUUGCCGAAAGAUUUGAGUAAAAAGAGUGAAAAAGAAUUAUUACCAAAAGAAAUAAGUCCACCAAAAUCCAGUUUACGAACAGAUCUAAAGAAAACAUCACCUACAACUAAAGUUUCUUCAACUAAAUCGUAUUCAAAAAUAAGUCUGGAAUCUCAAUUAAAGACGAAUCCGGUUAUGAGUAAAAUUAAUUCCUCAAAAUCAUCACCAGGUAAAUUCAUUCAAAAAAAUAGUUUUUCAACUAAAUCCGCUAAAGUAGAUUCUCCUGGAAAAGAAAAACUAUCGUCGAAAUCACAGACUGUUGUUAAUGAUAUAUUAAAAGAUAUCGUAGAUUCUGCAACAGAAUAAUGAAGUGUUGCGUUGUCUUGUUAUUACAUAAUUAUUUUGAUUUGUUUUAAGUUCAUGACAAGUUUUUAUUUUGAUAAUAAAAGUUUUUUUUU